AUGUGUCUUAUUUUUUUGACAGGUGUGGAGGAACGUGUUAAUCGCACACCAGAUAUUCAAUGUUUGAUUGAAAGUGUUGACAUUACAGAAGAUAAUGGAAUACAUAGGGAAAAUGAAUUGAGAACAAAAAGGCGGUUUGAUAUAUGUAAAAUAAAAGGUGAUGAAGUUGUUGUUUUAAACUCAUGUUCAGGAAAAUAUAAUGUUACUGUCAAGAAGCUUAAUGAAGAUGAAGACUCUAAUUUUGAAGAUGCUAAACCUGUGAUUACAAGGAAAAGGAGAAUGCAUUAUACUUCCUUCAAAAAUGAUGACAAAGAAAAUGUGAAGAAGUUUAAAAUACAAAUGAAUAAAGAAGGAAAUGUAGUGAAAGCAAGGAAAAUGACUAAAGUUGUAGGAAAUGAUGCAGAAGAAGCAAGGAGAAUACAAGUACGGACAUCUCUAAAUGUUUUGUGCAGUUGUAUGCAUAACCUUAGCAAGGAACAGGAAGCGUAUAUUUCUUCUAUUGGUCUGGGGCAUUUGUUGAAUAUGAAAGUGGAUGGGUGUGCAUCAAUUAUGGGGCAUUAUACUGUAGGGAAUUUUGAUGCAGAUAGGAUGGUACUCAACCUUCAUCAUGGAGAGAUACCAAUUAAUCGGCAGGUUAUUCACGAAAUGUUGGGUCUGCUUCUGGGAAAUGUUACAAUAAAGUCCAUGGCUUAUAGAGAAGUCACAGACGACACGAUAACUGUUUGGAAGAAACAAUUCGAUGAUGAAGAUAAUAUUAGAUCAAGGGCAGUUCAACAAGUUAUUAUGAAAACAACAUGUGCAGAUUUACUCUUUAAAGUAAACAUAUUUGUCCUGCUGUGUAAUACACUAGGCGAUGUGCCGCCUGCUGCCACCAUUGUGCGCCGCCUCAUACUGCGCCCGAGAACAGGACGUGAAGUUAGAGGGAAACCGCUGAGGGCCAUGAUGCACGAUGUGUACAUCGUGCGUGAGCCGGGAGCCAUCGUAAUUGCUCAGUAA